AUGACAUCCAAGAUCAGUCAAGUCUUACCUCAACUAUCCCCCUUACCCGAUGAAGUUUACCCUAUAGAAUACGAGAAGAAUAAACCUGAUCAAGGGUAUUAUGUAGCUUUUGGGCUGGUCUUGAGCGUAUGGAUGGUAACUCCUUUAUGCUGUGGCUAUCUACUGUGGUACACCCUCUUCUCCCCCUCUUUGUCCGGCGCAUCAGGUCUAACAGCAACUAUCUUCGCUGCCUACUCACUUACCGAAAUUGUCUUUUCGAUCUACAUGUCAUACCUUAUUAAUUACGUCCAGAAACCCUCUCCGGCAUCGACUCUGCCAAUAUCAGAACGGACAAUCUUGUUCCUUAAAGUGUUACAUUCCAACUUGACUUAUUCAGUACCAAGUAGAGGGAUACUCAAACAUCCCAAUGAGGACGACGAUAAUGGGGUAGUAAGGGAUUAUGAGGUCGAACAGGCAGAAAAGAAUUUUCAACUUGGUUUGAUAUCCGUUGCUGAACUACAUCAUAUUAGAAAUAGAGAAUAUGAAGAAUCUGUUGGAAUUAGAUCUCGUAAGAGAGUAGGGAAAAUGAGUGAAGAUGAGAAGAAUGUUAUUGAUUCUUUUGUUGAGGAUUUACCGGGAGAUAGAGAAAAGAAAUUGAAAGAACAAGUUGAGAAUGAUGUGUUGCCUAAUGAACAUGGAGAAGAAUGGGGUUAUGAAGGGAUUAUAAAUGAAAAGACGAAUGAGGUUGUGAAAUUACAUUAUUGGGAUAAGAGAGCUAUUGAAUUUAGAGAGAGGUUGAGAACUUGGUUCGACCACGCUCCUUGGAAAUCCAUCAAACGCCGUAAUGUCGAAAUAUGGCUAGCCUGGUCAUGUUUCGCUACCUCCCUAGAAGACGUAUUGGCAGAUGAAGAGAAUAAGAAAUUUUUGGGGUAUACGAUGGAAUUGUUAGAAGCUAGGACGGGGACCGAGUUCGAAGAUGGAUAUGAUGAGAGUGUACAGAUCAUCAGGUUGACACUUGAUAAAGUCAAUGCAAAAGGUCGUCCGUUGAUCUUGUACGCUGCUACCAACGUUAUCAACCUUUUCUUACAAGAGGUGGUGUACCCUUAUCAAGGUAUGGGACCGUAUCGCGAAGGUGACAUCGAAUACCUUAUUCGUAUACCUAAAGACUGGACUCCCGAGAAAGGAAAGACAGUACCCAACGCUAUGCCUGUCGUAUUUCUUCAUGGGCUUGGUUUCGGUCUUCUCCAAUCCCAUCUCCUGAUCAAACACUUAAUCACCUCCCUCCCUACUCAUCCAAUUCUACUACCACUUUCACCACAUACGUCCCAGUCAUUAUUCCACCACCGACACCUUCGCCCAUGGGGUAGAAAGGAAUUUGUCGGAGCGAUGAAGAGGAUCUGCACGCUGUGGGGAUUCUGGGACGAGCAUUCUCGAUCUAGCUCGGGAAGAGGUGGAGUGAGCUUGCUGAGUCAUAGUAAUGGGAGUGUAUCACAUGGAUGGUUAUUGAAAGAUUGUCCGACUCUGAUCAAGAGAAAUACAUUUGUCGAUCCUGUUGUAUUCUGCUUAUGGGAGGGUGACGUCUGCUACAACUUUUGUUAUCGAAAACCUACCAAUGCACUAGAAUUAUUGUUAUACUACUUUAUCGCCUCAGAAGUCGGUAUCGCGAAUUACAUUCAGCGGCACUUUGAUUGGGCGGAUAACACUUUAUUCUUCGAAGACAUUCCCAAUGCUACGGACCCUAGUCGGACGGCGUUUUUCUUGGGUGGACAAGACUUGAUUGUCGACGCUGCAAGGGUCAGAAGAUAUUUAGAAAGACACGGAGUGACCAACGGGUUGCAUUGGGACCCUCUAGGAGGCCACGGUGAUGGUUUGAACGGCGAGGCAAGAGAUCGAGUGAUCAUGUUUGCUGGGACUGGGUCGACGUCGGGCUGGCAGAACUGGUUGAGAUCCGGUAGGAGGAGGCAUAGUAAGGGUAAUGAUGAUCUGAUGCAGUAUAUCAAUGGGAAGAAACAAUAA